AUGCAUACACCAGAGUCAUCACCUCCUCGCUUAAAUAGUCCAGCCCCUUCAGACCAAGAUCAAGUUAUUCCAAUAGCUUGGAGACGAAUUCACGGGCGGCCCUACAGGGUAUCGAGGGAGCCAAAUAGCUCCUGUGUUGUGACUUUCUGCGACGCGAGUCCAACGGUACACCGCGCCGCACCGCAGCAACGCCGACUCGCCGACGGUGUGACAUGUGGGCAGUAG